AUGAUUACAGGAUCCAAAUUUAAAGAGUGGGGAAAAUGCUGCGAGAAAUAUCCUCAUUAUUCAUCAAUUCCUAGAUGGUUAGAGACAAAAACUCUAUUCGAAUCCGAUUCUAUCUCCUCUUCAAGCUCGACAACAAAUGCACAAAUCACGGAAUUAAAAUUGAUAAAUUCAUUUCAAGAUAUAGAUAAAUGGUGCAUUGAUCAAUCGUAUAGCGAGGUGAUGAAAUCUAUAAGACAGAGUGCACCCAACUUUGCUAAAUUAAUAGAACAUAAAAAUCUUUCUAUCAACGAAAAUUCUUUUUCUCAUUAA